GGCAGCGGUGGAGCCGAGCCGGGCUGCGCUCGCUCGCCGCCCCCCAGCCUCUUUCUUCUCCGCUGGGUGCACUGCCCCGCGCCCUCCCCUCGCCGCUUCCCCCCUAGACAAAGAGGACAGAAAGUUUGCGCGGGGGAGCGGGCCAGGUGAGGAGGGGCGUGCCCGGCCCCCCAGCCCGCGCCACAGCAGCCGGACACAGGCCCCCAGCGCGCCAUGGGCGCCGCGGCCCGCAGCCUUCGGCUGGCGCUCGGCCUCCUGCUGCUGGCCACGCUGCUGCGCCGGGCCGACGCCUGCAGCUGCUCCCCGGUGCACCCGCAACAGGCGUUUUGCAAUGCAGACGUAGUGAUCAGGGCCAAAGCCGUGAGUGAGAAGGAGGUGGAUUCCGGGAACGACAUCUACGGCAACCCCAUCAAGAGGAUUCAAUAUGAGAUCAAGCAGAUAAAGAUGUUCAAAGGACCUGACAAAGACAUUGAGUUUAUCUACACGGCCCCCUCCUCAGCAGUAUGCGGGGUCUCGCUGGACGUUGGAGGGAAGAAGGAAUAUCUAAUUGCAGGAAAGGCAGAAGGAGAUGGCAAGAUGCACAUUACCCUCUGUGACUUCAUUGUGCCCUGGGACACGCUGAGCACCACCCAGAAGAAGAGCCUGAACCACAGGUACCAGAUGGGCUGCGAAUGCAAGAUCACACGCUGCCCCAUGAUCCCAUGCUACAUCUCCUCGCCGGAUGAGUGCCUCUGGAUGGACUGGGUCACGGAGAAGAGCAUCAACGGGCACCAGGCCAAGUUCUUUGCCUGCAUCAAGAGAAGCGAUGGCUCUUGCGCGUGGUACCGCGGGGCGGCACCCCCCAAGCAGGAGUUCCUUGACAUUGAGGACCCGUAAACAGGCUGACGGCUGACAAGAGCCCCUGCGGCCAACUGAAAAGCCCCUGAGGGUUUAGACUGGUCCAGCUCUGACAUCCCUUCCUGGAAACAGCAUGAAUAAAACAUCAAUCAUCCAAGUGGGUUCACGCUAGUGUGAUUCUGCACCCCCCCAAUUUUCCCUAAAUGUGGUUGUGGGUCUGGAGGGGCAGGAGGGCCAGAGUCCCUGCCAUAUUCCCCCUCCAUCUGCCAGGCUGAGCACUGUGUGUCUCAGUCUUUGAUCCUUGGGUACAGGCAGGAGUGGAAAACAGACAUUUUGCCAGGUCUCCUUGGCACUGUCACAUACAGCUGACAGGCGACAUUUAAGGUCCCCCUGGCCCUGUUGGGGCGGAGCCUGGAAAUGUGCAUUUUGCAGAAACUCUUGAAGGUUGUUGUAAGACUGUGUAGCCGGCCUACCAGGUCCUUUUCAUCCUGAGAGGGACAUGUCCCUCGUUUUCUGCAGCGGCCACUCCUCUGGCCCAAGGUAGUAGUCUCUCGCCCUUGCAAGUGCCCCCCACCUGCCCCUGUCCUCCUCUGCACCUGGUGUAGACUCGGAGCACCAGGAUCCCGCUCAAGUCCAAGAGUAGCCCUCCAACCAGCGGCUCAUUAGUACCAGGAUCCUGCUCGCGUCCAAGAGUAGCCCUCCAACCAGCGGCUCCUUUGUCUAGGAGUCCCAGUCAACCCCAUGAACCCACAGACUUCAGUGGAACGCCCUCGGGCUCAUGGGAAUGGGAGCCCUCCCUGAGCUGUGUUUCUGGCUUCAGCCAAGUCAUUUCUGUCCUACCCUUCUCCCAUCUCCACCCAUCCCCCAGUGGGGAUCUGUGAGGUCUCCCGCUGGGGGCGAUCACUUGUGGUGAGGGAUGCUUGGCUGUCCUCUAGUCACUGCUGAGCCUCCUGAGCUGUUCUUAACCCCUUCCCGAGUGGCUUCAGGCGUCUGGGUUGAGCAGCACGGCUCUGCUUUCUGUAGCAUCACGCCCUGUCGCUGUUGGGAUGCUGGUAGCAUUCCCUUUUUUGCACAAACCGAAGAUGUAAGAGGCCAGUCCUGUAAGGCCCCACGAGAAAAAUUCGAGUGAAAUCUCCCUGCCAGACUGGCUGCUGUUACUGCGUGUGGAUUUCUGUAAGUGUUACUAAGCAAGCACACGAAUCCAUGCAGCGGCGAGGAAGCCUGAGAGGCAGGCAGCUGUCUUACCAAGCUCCCAGGAUGCUGCGACUUGUUCUUAAAGCCAUCUCAUUCUCUUAAAGGUGAUUUCUCAGAUACCAAAUGAGGCUGAGAGGCAAGUGUACUCAGUUCUGCUUCUGUCUCUUAAUGUCAUAGAGGCUGCCCACUUCAGGCCCUUAUAGGGCACUGGGGUACCUACUUGCUCCCUAAAGAAAAUUUGAUUUUUCUGAUGCCAAUAGGAUAGGGGUUAAGAGAGGCAGAAUUUUGUCACUGACAAUACAGAUAGUCGCUCUUCCUCCUACCCAAGUCUUAAAAAUAAGCUGUCCCAAGGACACACAUGUAUAUUAUCCAAACAUGCACAAUGUGUUCAUACAGAAACAGACUGAAGUCUGGCAGCCUGUGAGCGGUCCUUUGGUAAAAUGCUUCCAAGGCUCUCUAUUCCCCAGCCCUGUCCUAACCAUCAGAAACCCCAAGGCAACUGUUACAAUCCACCCCCCAGACACUCCCUAGCCACGCCCCCACACCAGGACCUGGCCAGCUCAGAACUCCCUUUUAAGACAGACUGGGAGAAUGCCCGGGAAUCAGCCUGCCCCUCCCGAGGGCGUUUUCAUGUUGUGCAGUGAUAUUCUUCUUAGGAUGCUGUCAUGGACCAGCCCACGAGACCCUGCAGUCUAUCCCGCCCUGCCUGUUUGCUUCCUGUGCAGUGGUAUCAUAUGUAACAAUGCCAUUUCUGCUGACUUCUUGACAUGUUCUGGUUUGUUUCUGAUGUUCGCUGUGAGCAUUCUUGUGCUGUGUUUAUGCCCUUGGUAGCAUUAGACUUUGCACUUUUUAAAAACAAGAAAACAAAAAUGUUUCAGCAUCGAGGAAGCAUUUGACCCAGAGUGGAAAGCAUGGCAUGGUAGCCGGCCUGGGACCGGGGAACCCUUCCGAUCUUGGAGUUCUUUGAAUAUCUGUUUUUCCGGUCUCCCUAUCUUUUGUGCCUGGUUCAAAUAAUUACGAAGGAAGGACUCUCUGAGUAGAUUGGUUCUAUAAGACGGCCUUUAUAUUUCCUACUCACGUUGGCUCUUCUAGCCACACCAGGCAGGUGAGAGACAAGGAACAAGCGAACUAUUGGGACAGCCUGUCAGACGGCUGCUGAGUAACAACCACUCAGCUGCCGCCAUAUAUAGUUUAAGGAGUAUCUCCACUUGGCGUUAACUUCUGUUGUGUUCUAAGCACUGGGCUUUCCUCCCUCUGUCUCCGUCAUGCCAGCAACUCGAAGUAUUUCAGAUGACGUUUACAUGGCAGUUAUUUCCAGAUCUCUGCUUGAUACAUAUUGAUACAUAUUAAAACACAUCUGUGAGCUUGCCGCAUAAUUUAAAGCUUUGUUGAUUUUGUUUCCGUUUGAACUCUUGGUUGUUGUGGGGGGAAGCACCGUGUUCAUGCUGGAGUAUGAAGUCUGAGAGGAGCCCCCCCACGCCUCAUGCUGGCAGCACCCGAGAGUUGUUGAAAGUCAGCAAGCCAACCGCGCGGGUGUCUCUGAUGCUUUGUAUCAGUUUUUAUUUUUAUUUUUUUGAAUGAUUGCUCUGUCAAUGGACAAUAAACCAUACUAUCAAAGAGAA